AUGUUCGGCUUGAAAAGCCUCAUUGCGGGGUUACUUCUAUCCCCCCUCCAGACCCUAGCACAGCUCCAUACAUCUUCACGAUGGAUUCUGGAUGCAGACAACAAUCGCGUCAAAUUGCGUUGUAUCAAUUGGGCAGGACAUAUUGACCUCAGGAUUCCCGAAGGUCUGAAUAAACAGCCUAUUGAUACGAUAACCACAUGGAUUGCUGAUAAUGGCUUUAAUUGUGUUCGCCUCACUUAUUCGAUUGAUAUGGCAUUGGACCCAGAGCAGAGUGUUUCUGACUCGUUUACUGCAGCAGGCACAGCAUGGGAUGUUCAGUCUGAAAUGACCGAUGCAUAUAAUGCCGCAGUCGCCCGAAAUCCUUUUCUCUCGGGAGCAUCGACUUUAGAUACCUUUGCUAUUGUCAUUGACAGUCUUGAAAGUAAAGGUGUUAUGACGAUUUUGGACAACCAUGUUUCCAAAGCGAGCUGGUGCUGCAAUCUCACCGAUGGAAAUGGCUGGUGGGAUACUGCAUCUGGGUAUAUCGCGUCUAAUAGUCGGUAUUUUAAUACCACAGAAUGGCUUGCCGGUUUAGAUGCCAUGGCAACAUUUGCACGAAGUCAUCCAGGUGUCGUGGGAAUGUCUAUACGAAAUGAACUUCGCCCUUUCCCACUGCUCCAAGAUCUUACACAUAGUGAUUGGUACAACUACGUGACCCAGGGAGCACUUACAGUGCACAAUGCGAACCCUGAUGUUCUUAUAAUUAUCGGCGGUUCUCAGUCGGCUACUGAUCUGUCCUUUAUCCGAAACUCAAACCUCGAUUUCUCUCAAUGGGCGGGCAAACACGUAUGGGAAUUUCACGCCUAUUCUUUCACGGUCACUUUCCCCGGUAAUACCGACUGCAUGGUAGCCAGUGCCGAAUAUGGUCUAUUCGACGGAUUUCUACUUACCCAGGACAAGUCGUACACAGCUCCUUUACUCCUCUCUGAGUUCGGUGUUGGCCAAUCCGGUGGGUCAAACUCUGGACUAUCUGACUCGGACUACAACUACUUGCAAUGCUUAGUCCAAUAUAUGGAGUCCAACGAUGCGGAAUGGUCUGUGUGGGCUGUGCAAGGAAGCUAUUACAUCCGUGAUGGUACUGUUGAUUAUGAUGAAACGUGGGGUUUACUGAAUCACGAAUGGUCUGGCUGGAGAAAUGGAAAUUUCUCGGGGUUGCUCGUAGUAUUGACAUUGACUGUAUUGGUUCAUCCUAUGUUGAAUAAGCCUACCUAG